AUGAAGCUACUGGUGGUCUUCAUGCUUGCUGCCAUCCCCCUGUGCUGCCAUGCUGGCUCAGGCUGUGAAAAGCUGGAAUAUUUGCUGGAUGUAACAAUAGAUCCAGAAGUGUCUGUGAGUGAGUACAAGGAAAUAAUGAGUCCUUACGUUUCUAACAGUGUUGCAAAUGAUGCGUUGGAAGAACUGAAAGAAUGUUUUCUCAAGCAGUCCAAUGAUACUUUGGCCAAUGUGAAAGUGAUGCUGAAUCACAUAUACAACAGUGUGCAAUGUGCUCUUUAUUAAUCUUCCACAACAUCCAAGACCUAGAGGAAUAUACGAUGUGCUCAAACACCGACUGCUGAUGCUAUAAAACCAGGAUUUUCCCUCUUUUUUCUGUCCUUUACUACAGGAGAUGCAAGACAAUUGUUGAAACAUUCUCAUCCCAAUAAACUAACUGCAAGCAUGACA